UUAAACUACCGAAACAAUAUUUAUAUAAAAUCAACAUGGCUGGAAGAGAAUCGGGAAGAAUUAAAGAUUCAUACCAAAAGCGAAUUCUUGAUGAAGCUGCAAGAAAAAGAAGACAGAAAAAAGCUUUAGAAGCUUUGGAGCAAGAUAAUUUUCAUGAUGAUCCUCACGCAGAUCUUGUUAUGAGCAAAAAAGCUCCAAAAUUUCAAGAAUCUCUAGAUGGUCGGGGAAGUUCAAGGAAGAAAAAAACGCGUUCAGCAGAAUAUUAUAAGCAACGAUUCCGUAAAACAUUUGCACAAUUGGUUGAAGAAGAUAUGAAUAAUAAUCCAAAUGCUCCAAAUUAUACUUCGGCUCAAUCACCACCUUCACAGUUUCCUGAAAGACAUUUUUGUGCUGUUUGUGGGUUCCCUAGCAAUUACACGUGUAUACCUUGUGGUGCUAGAUAUUGCAGUGUCAAGUGUUUAGGUACUCAUUUAGAUACAAGAUGUCUUAAAUGGACAGCAUAAUCAUUCACUUUUUAUCAAUCGUUAUUUAUUAAAGUCGAUAAAUAACUCAUGUCGAAAUUAAAAUAAGUUAAAUAUUGACAAAAUGAACUAUUUAAGUUAGUUGAUGGCAACAAUAUUUUAAAGGUAAACAACAAUUCACUUUAGGUUCAAGUUUCCAUUAAUGUCAACAUUAGAAUAAUUAAUAUUUUGUAGAUCAUAUUUUAUUUUUUUAUGAUUGAUUGGUAUAAAAAAUAUAAAUGUAUAAAAAAAUAACUAUUUCGUAUAUUAUAAAUUACAUACUAAACAAGUAUAAUUAAUUGAUAUAAUCUAAAUCAUCUGGAAUUCGAAACUGUUUGUUGAGUGUUGAUUCAUUGAUGUCGAAUUUCCUCUUGCACCAGCUUUGUAUAGCGAAAAUAUUGUCAGUCCAUAUAUUGGCUGCCUCUUUGUAAUUCUAUUGUAAUUUAGGCGUUUUAGUAAUAAAUUUUACAUUUUUUAAUUAA